AUGCCUCGCGAGGAGGACGUGGAGGACAUGAAGGUGUCGGAGCUGAAGCACUAUCUUAGGAACGCCGAUCUCGCGGUCACGGGCCGCAAGGGCGACCUCAAGGAGCGCCUCAAGGCCCACCUGCGGUCCUUCUGGGCGCAACAGAACGCCGAAGCGACAUCCACGGCGCAGUCCGCGCUGCAGCCCACGGGCCUCGCAGCGGAGAACCUCGAGCACUUUACAGUGAAGCGGUUGCGCGACGAGCUCAAGGCGCGCGGGUUCUCGCCCAUGGGCAACAAACAGGAGCUCAUCGACACACUCUCCGCGGCUCUCAGCAUCGAGGGCCCCGCGGCGAGCAGCGGGCUGCUCCCAGCGGACUCGCAGAUGAUAGACGUUGAGGGUCUGUUUCUGGACGGCCUGCUCGACCAGGCGCUCGAGCAGCGCGAACUCCCCGCGGACGGCACCGAGGCGAACCAGUUCGACCGCCUCUGCACCGCGGUCGAGAUGGAAUUCGUCGAGGCGCUCGCCGAACAAGGCUCCGGCACCAGCCAGCUCCAGGACGAGAUGGAGCGCGUGGACGCGGUCGUCGAGAGCCUCCCGGUCAUGCAGAUCAAGUCGCUGCUCGCGUCGCGCAAGGUCCCGCACGGCGGCACCCGCCCCGAGGCUGCGUUCCGCCUGAAGCACCUCAUCCUGGCAAACAUCGUGAACACGCGGGAGUGGGGCUUUCCGUACGACGCGCUCUCCCCGGACUACGGCAUGUGGUCGAUCGACGACCUCGAGGGCAUCACGCGCGACCCCGCGCUCAACAUCGCGCUGGUGUGCGACCUCUCGCAGCCCAGCCAGCUGGCGGCGGCGCGCACGGUGCUGGAGCAGCUGCACACCGCGCAGGGCCCCGCGGCGGACGAGCACGGCGUCGCGCAGGGCGGCGUCGACGAGGGCGCGGCGGAAGGAUCGGAGCGGCCGCGGUUCGAGGACGAUACGACCGGGGUGCGCGUGUGGCCGUUCGUCGUCGACGCCGACGGCACGGUCUUCCGGGUCGCGCACCAGCUGCUGUGCCUCCCGACGCCGCUGGACGUCGAGCUCGCGCUCGAGGCCGCCCGCGCGGGCGACACGUCGCGCGCGGUCCCGAUUGGCGACACUGGCAGCCCCGAGGCUGUCGCGGAGGUCAGGGAGCUGUGCGACGUCGUGCUGCCGGUCGGGCUGGCGCCGGGGGACUCCGCGCUCGGUGAGCUCGUGGACAAGCUCGAGGCCAGCGGGCUCGCGGGCACCGGCACGCAGCACGUGCCAGAGCCGGACGUGGCCCUGCGGAAGCUGUCGCUCGAUGGGUUCGUUGUCGCGGAGGAGGGCGCGGACGUCCCGGAGGGCGCGGUGCGGUUCGCGUGCACCGUGAUCGACAGCGUGCACGGCCCCGUCGCGCUCGCGCCGACCGAGCUCGAGGAGUGGAACCCUGUCGAGGACCUGCGCGGCAGACUCGGGGGCGUCCGCGGCGCGGACGAGGCGGUCGCGGCGCUGGAGGAGAUGUACGCGCAGCAGGGGGGCGUGCCGACCGAGGUGCGGACGCACACGCCAGCGCGGCUGCCGGCCGCGGCGCUGCGCGCGGUGCGGCGGACAGCGGCGCGCGCGUUUGCGGACCUCAGCCUGCGCGACAUCGCGGUCGUCGAGGGGUACUUCGUUGCGGACGCGGAGGACGCGGGGGACGUCGCGGUGUACGAUCCGCGCUCGCUCGGCCCGCUCGGUCAGGGGCCGGCUGCGCGCAUGCUGCGUAACGACACGUGGGCGGCGGAGACGAAGGAGGAAAGGCUCGCUGCGGCGCGGGCGUGGGCUGGGAGCGUGAACGAGUCGCUCGGGCUGGACGCGCUCGGGAACAAGCGCGAGGAGGAGGACGGGGAGGGGGCGGCCGCGGCGAGCGUGCCGGAUCUGCGGCCAGAGGGGGGCGUGGCGGCGCUAGCGGACGGCGCGGGGGGCGUGGUGACGGUGGCGCGCGUGGACGCGAGCCCGCACCUGGCGGAGGACUCGGUGGUCUUUCUCGGAGCCGCCGCGGCGGGGAUGUGCCACUCGGCGCUCCUGCGGCACGUCCUUACGCUGGCGUGCACCCGGGGGGGUCUCGAGCCGCCCGCGGUGCUGCACCCCGAAGCCGUCGCGAACAGCGCGCUGGAGCCGACGCCGCUCUCGCUCGACCAGGAGACCCAGGGCGACGGCGCGAACGAGUGGCAGGGGUCCUUCGCGGGCGGAAUGCCGACGGGCCCUCCGGCGGGCGCGACGUUCGGCGCCCAGUACGGGCUCGGCCCCGCGAGCGACGGGGGCGGGAACAUGACGAUCGCGGGCGUCGCGGGGCCUGCGCCGGAGGGGCACGGCGCGCAGAGCCCGCACGAGCUCCCGCAGCACCGUCGCGUGUGGGUGCUGAUCGGCGGUGCCUCGAGCAGCCACCACGCGACCGGCGUCAACAUCUGGCUCAAGCUGCGGUCGAUCCCGGGCGUGCGCGCGGAGAUCAUGAUGCUCGCGGACACCACGGGCAACCGCGGCCGCGACACGGAGGCGCAACGACAAGCCAACCUUCUCUCCAAGCGCACGACGCUGCUUGACAUCGGCAUGGACGAGGCGGAGCUCCCCGGGGAGCUCCAGCUGGACGAGAUCGUGAACCCGGUCGCGAUGCCGCUCCCGAUGGAGGACCGCGGCGUGUGGGUCCUCCCGUACGGGAUGGCCUUGCUGCGGUCUGGCGCGCACAUGCAGGAGGCAUGCGAGGCAGCGCUGCGGCGGGCGUCGGUGGCGCCGGCGUCGCGGUCGGCGGAGCUGCGGGAUGAGGUCGAGGCGCAGCGCGAGCUGCAGAGCGAUCUGGUCGCGGCGGAGGUCCCGGCGACCGCGCGGCUGUGGGGCAACGACCCGUUCGCGCCCCCGCCGCCGCCGCGGUUCUUCGACCUGGACACGCUGACGGCCGAGGCGUGGGCGUGCGGCGCGGAGAUCUUCCUCGCGCUCAGCCCCGACGACUGCGAGUACGGCGCGGUGCAGGAGUACCUCGAGACGCGCGGGGUGCCCUUCACGGGCCCGCUGCCCCUGGGCUGCCAGCUGCCCGCGGACCGCAUCUCGACGGCGGAGCAGCUGAGCCAGCUGGAGCCGAGCGGGAUCUCGACGCCGCCGAUGUUCGCGCUGACGCCGCACGCGAUCCUCGCGCAGGCGUACUCGCUGGAGACGGCGGCGGCGCACUUCGAGGAGCUGAGGGGGAGUUUGAUGACUCAGGGGGCGUUCACGGUGGCCCCGCUGUGGUCCGCGAACGAGCACCUCGUGCCGCCCGUGCGCCUCGAGACCCCCGAGGACCUCCACGCGUACGCCAAGGGUAUAAUCGACGGCAAGCAUCAGCUGGAGGGGGGGGUGUUGUCGCAACACCCCGAGCCGGCGGGGCUCCCGCGGCCGGGCUGCGGCGAGCUCGUCGUGCAGCCGUACAUCCAGUCCGACCCCGUCCUGCUCGUCCGGAGCGACGACGGGCGCUCGCACCGCAUGGUUUGGCCGGGCGCGGGGUCGUGGGCCCGGGUCUCGAUCGGGCUGCUUGGGCACUGGCAGAACAUGCGGGCGAUGACGCCGUCGAUGCGCGCGGUCGAGGUGGACUCGGAGGACGAGGCGACGCGCCCGGGCGGGCCGCAGGGCAGGGUUGUUUACCUGACUCCCCCCCCGGAGGACGUCAUCUCGCCGGCCGCGAUCGAGGGCGCGCAGCAGCGCGCCGCGGCGGUCGCGCUCGCGAUGUCCCUGCGCGGCGUCGCGGUGGUGGACUGCUUCAUGCAGGUCGACACCGGGGAGCUCGUCGUGAUGCGCGUCGACCCUCUGCCGGACCUGGGCCCGGGGUCGAUCGCGCUGCGGCAGGGCAUGGUCGAGGAGCCGGUGAUCUUCCCGAACUACUUCUUCGAGCUGUGCCUGAACCUCGUUGGCGGCGGCCUCGACAGUGACGUGGACCCGCUCGGCAACGGGCUCGGGGUCGACGCGGGAGGGUUCGCGGACUCGUACGACAGCGAGGACGACUCGGAGGACGAGGCGGAGCUGGACGAGGACCUGCUGCAGGGCGGGAGCGGGCAGGGCGACCUGGGCGGGUACCGGAUGGAGCGAUGA